UGAUACAAUUCAUUGUCUAACAGGUAUUGUUUGUUUCUGGUUGGUUGACGACAUGGACGCUCUGCUCUCCAGGCUCUUCUCCUCGGAGGAAGAGGAGCUGUACAUUCUGGACUGCAUGGCUUACCUAAUGAUUAUUAUGGCAUUCGGCACUUUCGUCUCUUUGCUUUUUGAAAAUGUCCCAUAUGGGCGGUAUGCUAGCAGCAAAUAUGGGUUUCCAGUGAACGCCAGGUUUGCUUGGUUCGUCCAGGAGAUCCCUGCCUUCCUGAUACCUUUGUGUCUGGUCGUUUGGACAUCCUCUGCAAAAACAUCACUGCUGCCCAACCAGCUACUCAUCGCCAUGUUCGUCUGCCACUAUGCUCAGAGAUCCCUUAUUUAUCCGUUUUUAAUCCGAGGAGGUAAACCUACGCCAUUCGUCUCAUUUGUCCUGGCCAUUGUUUUCUGCAUCUAUAAUGGCUACAUGCAGAUCAGGUACCUGAGCCAUUAUGCUGAGUACCCUGCAGAUUGGGUUACACAUCCAUGCUUCAUCGCAGGCUCUGUGCUGUGGUUGCUCGGCUGUCUGGUGAAUUUGCACUCUGACCACAUCCUGAGGAACCUGAGGAAGCCUGGAGAGACUGGUUACAAGAUUCCCAAAGGCGGAAUGUUUGAAUACGUGUCUGGAGCCAACUUCUUAGGAGAGAUAACAGAGUGGGCAGGCUUCGCUCUGGCUGGCCACUCUGUUCACAGUUCAGCCUUUGCCAUCUUCACCACAGUGGUUCUCACCAGCAGGGCUGUGGCCCACCACAAAUGGUACAUCGCUAAGUUCGAAGACUACCCUAAAAGUAGGAAGGCACUGAUUCCCUUUGUGUUCUAAAAAAACAGGUACUCGUUCUUACAGUGGAUCAGAAGAACACCCAAAGAUAUACUUUUUUUAAAUCUAGGAAAAGCUCUAUUGUCAGAACAAACCUUAAACAUACAGUUUGUUCAUUUUAUUAACCCUUCUGUCUUCUUCGGGUUAUUUUUUAACCUUUUGGACUGUUUCUUGUGGAUAACUUUGGUUGUGGUCAUGCAUAUUGCAUACAUUAUAACCAUGGGGUGAAUUUUGGUAUUUCAGGAAAAAAAAGAAGUCUUUAAUGCACUGUGUAAAUCAAAUAGUCACACCUGUGUUCCUUGCAGCAUUUUUUACUCUGAUUUUUGUUUUAAAUAAAAAAUCAAGUUCUUAUCACAAAAACUGGCAUUUAAGGGGUUAAAAUUUUGAAACAGAAUGAUUUUUUUAUGUAUGGCGAGAACAGCAGUUACUCAAAGUAUUCAUAAGAAAAAAAUUAAUGAUACAUUAAUACAUAAUAUUUCUAUGGCAGUCUUUAUUGGGAAUUAUUUUUUGCCCUGAGGAACACAGGUGUCGCACUUAUUUGAUGGAUGCACAAGGAUUAAAAAUAAGUCUGCAUUCUUGUAAAUGAUCGCACUUGAGCUGCAAGCAAGCAACAGUUAAAAACCAUUAUCUUAAAUGGAUGUUUGUCAUUACCUUUGCUCAAUAUAUUGUUAAUAAUAUCCAUAAAGCCAAAUAACCUCAACAACCAUGAACUGAAUGUACUGGAAUGGAAGUGCUGUGUUUGCUGGAGAGGCAACAUUCAGGACUCCUCCAGAGGAAAGAAGACAGCGAAUGGAGCAUACCUCAACAGCAAUACGCUGGAUUUAUAACACUCUGCAGCAGCAAUAAACACUUUUAAGACUCUCCACUGAUCUGCAUAUCCUCCCAGAUGGAACAUAAACUUGCAAAUGCAGAGCAGACACUUAAAGUUUUCAUUCAUUCUCAAGAGUCAUCUGUUGCAAAUGCAUCUUUUUACCAUCCUUUCCAGUUAAAAAAAUAUGAAAGACGGAGGAGCUUUGAACACAUUUUCCUGCCUCGUUUUGCUCAGGGUGUCAUCAGAAAGACUUUUCAACCUACUUCAUCAUCUCAAACUCCUGGAGGAAAAGCCACUUUGGAACAACAGGGAGCUGCAUCUCUGUCCUGUAUAGACUGGCUGCAGCUACUCGGUUGCAGGGACAUCAAAAUGGAGGUCAGACAUGGCCCUCAAUAACUCACCCAUGCCUGAAAUGAGAAGAAGAGAGCAUCGCCUUAAUACAUCACUCCUGCCAGGGCUUUUGAGAAAGACAGAAAAGAAGAACCAGUGAAGAAAUGAAUGUAUAUGUGAAAGCAUAAAUACUUAGUACGUUUACAUGCACAGUUUAGUGAAGCUACGGUUAUAGCUCGAUUUGGCCCUUUAAUUGGACUACUGUCCUUGUCCCAGUUUACAUACACCAGGGAAUAAUCAAUUUAUUGACGGAAGUACGGCCUCCACGGCAGGUGGAGAUAUGCCCCCUUUCAGCUAGUUGCUAUAGACCCUUAUUAUUUCUACAGUCUGUGAUAUGGACCAUAUCACAGUCAUAACUAUUUAACUUCAGGAAAGGAAACUGACAGGUCCACAUAAUCAAACUGCGCUGGGCAAACGCUGCCCUCAUUGAUUAGUUUUAAGCCACCUAAAAAAAAUCAAUAUCAGCUCAACUGUAGCCUACGCUAUUUAUGGAAUAUUUUCACUGCUUUACCUUGCUGUGAAACAGCCCUUACUGAUAGAAAUUUAAAGCCAUUCAAUCAAAAACACCAGACUCAACUGAGAAAAUCAGUCAUUUUACUCCACUGAAUGGCGGAGCUGCU